AAUAACUGUGAACAGUUUUAUCGAUAAGGGGGCUGUACAGAUAGGGGUAUAUAUAUACAAGGGGUUGGUUGUUAGGAUGCAAAACAAACCGCACUACUGACACAGCUAUCAAGGUACAAACUGCAUACCAAUCUGUUAAUAGCUCUAUGCUUAUAUUAUUCAAACUUUUGAGAGAAACAUUGCUUGUAAUAAAUUGAUGGAUCUGGAACGAAAUAUUGGAGUGAAAUUUGACUGAUUGCACUUUAGAGCUUGUAAUAACUGAUAAUACUCUGGUUUUGUUUCAAGAUAUACUCGUUUUGAAGAAAGGAACACAUGCGAUCAACAAAGAACGUUUGCACGAGCGUCAUAGCCAUGUUCUUUCGCGGAACCUGACAUUUGGAAGACGUUUUAUAUUUUUCUUUUGAAAGGAGUUCUUCGUUGUCUUUUAAGAUAUUCUUCAAGAAACAACAUUUUGAUAAUCUACUUUGAAAUAUUAAGCUAGCUUGUAUAAUCUCGAAACUUCGAACGAGAACGUCAAAUUGCAUUUGUUUUGCGGCCAGGUUAAUCUGUAAGUGAACUUGUUGAAAAAAUAUUCGAUUGAAGCAUGGCUGCUUGAUAAAUCUAUAUAAAACUUUUACUUUAAUGAAUACCAAGUUUUGAAAGUUUUCUCAGACACCAGUGAAAAGAUACACAGUCUCGUUUGGCAACUAUCAGUAUCAGCACAGUCAGGUGAGGGUGAAAGAAAUUCAAAGAUGAUGGUAGUUGAGCAGGCCAGUCGCCCUGCUACCAAGCAGCACGGGGAGACUGACAAGGACAAGGAUGGGAAAGAACGAAAACCUCGAAACUCUGGGGAUAUAUUGGCUCGACGUCGCUUCGAGAACAUUCGGAAGCAUUCGGCACGCACUCGACAUCGUACCGGUAUCAUAAACACUGGUGAAAAGAACAGACUGACAAUCGUAGAAAAUCAAAUGGUGAAGGCACACAAGGUGGCGGAGGCAAGGAUCCAGCGCAUGAAGCUCCAGCUUAGGCGGGAGCUUCACGAGAUGGAGGCUGGGAGACGAGCCCUUAGGAGACGCUCCAUCUGCGUUAGAGAUGAGGACAGGGAUAGAGAUAGACAGGAUCUGUCAAAGUAUUGCCAAAGAGGGCGUUAUCUUUAUGCCAUGCGGAACGAGGUGAAGACGCAAAAGGAAGAUAUGGAAUCUUACAACGAACGUCUCGAGAAGGCCAGGAAGAUGCUACAACCGGCUAAGAAGAACAGCACAUUGGCAAUGGAUCGAGGAAAACUAUUAGGACUGGCACCGUCCAAUUCCUAUCUCAAGGUGGGUCGUCGUAUUAGCGUGGUCGAGGCACCACCUGCAGCUAAGCUUCUUGCCUUCCAAGACAGCGACGAUGACGACGACGACAUCGAGGAGAUCUCAAAGGCGAUGCCGGUUAAGAUAAAUCUUGACAAGAGUGAUCUUCGGGCGAAGUCUCUAAGCAGUACCAAGACACCGCCGCCUUUUGAUGUGAAUCAGUUGAGGAAAGAAUUUGGACCUGAGAUGCGGAAAGCCUUGGAGAGUUUGAUGAUGGAUGACCCUAGCGUCAUGCUGGCCAUGCCCGUUUCAAGGGAAACAACUCGAGGAAGCAGAAGAGACUUUGAGAAUUAUGGGACACUUGAGCAACUCGCAGAUGCAAACAGACCAAACGAAGGGUCAAAGCCGGACAAUCAGCCUUCAGAAAAGACUGGAGAUGCUGGGAAACUUAAACUGCCACCGGUACAGGUGGAGAAGUCGCUGGUUGGGCGGGUUCCAAAGAAUCACAAAGUAACUGCUGCCGCCAAACCUCUUCUGAGUACAGUUACAGAAACGUGAACAAAACAAUUUGUGGAACGCACACUGAUUCAGAAAUCAGCAAAGGACGCCGAAGACCGUUGAUAAAAUAUAUCAACCGUUAAGUAGAAGGAUAUCAUGAAAAUAUCUUGGUUGUCGGCUUUCUCUCUAGCUCUGUAGAACCAGCUGAAAACUUUGAAGAAUGAACAAUCAAUAUCUAGGUGUACAGAAGCCCUGGCAAGCAAAUAUAAAGCUACACAUUCGUCCGUUUCGUUCAACCAUAUAACCUGCAAUUUUUUAAGACAGUCGAAAGCCACUCUUUAAUUGUUUUGGUAAAUUUCCUUAAGUAUGAUGUCUAUUCUAGUUUUCUAUAUGAUUCUAAUAUGUGUGUCCUUAAGCGGUUAUGAUGCGAUUUAUAUUCACAUUCAAUAAUGAGAGCCAACUCGGAAUCAUCCUUUUUACAUUACGAGAUGGGGGUCAUAUUGACACUCGCUCUGAGAAAAACAAUAUAUAUAGCAACAACAAAAUGAUACAUAAUGUAAUGAUGACUAUCAAUCCGCUAUUUCUUCAAGCAUCUCAUAUGAUGGGAGCGCCAGAGCUUUCCAAAUUCUUGUUUUUCAUGAUAUCAUUGGCUUGCAUUAUUCUCAGAUCCGGGGGCGAAAACACUCUUUCUGUUCUGAAUCCCCUACUCAUUAAAAAAAACUGUUUAAAAUUUAUACAACAAUGUUCACAAUAUGAACCUUACAGUAUUUGUUUAACAGUUUAAGAAACAGUGCUUAAUUUAUUGAGAAUUACAUAAACUUUGUCUUUUGAGAUUUUAAAAACCUGUUCCACCCGUUUAAACAACUAUACUGUAUGUUCCUAAAGUAAACAGCGUUUGCAAGUUCGUAUUUCUUACACUAUCUUGAACGAUUCCGAUGACAACAUUUAAGGCCAUCCCCCAAAUAAAGUUAGAACCUAAACUCCUCAAAAAAGUUUGGAAAUCUGACUUUGAUCGAUAAUCCCUCCUCAGCUUUAGUAAAUAUCAAUGUGU